AUUUCCUCUUUCAUCCCUUCUCUCAUAAUUUAUCGCGUCGCGUCGCUCAUUGGUCCGACUCGCACAAACCUUUUACUUCCAAAAGCCUAGGUAUCUAUCAUUCCUUCCAAUAAUCUUACUACAUCGCCACACUUUCUAUUUACUUUCUAAAACACGCCGCACUCCAACUUGGAAAACACCCUGCUCCCUUCUACCAUUGUUGCUACUCCAAUUAUUCACUGGAAAAUCCAUUUAGAAUUACGGCUAGAUAUUGCUAGCCGUGAACAUGGCUGGCCACUACGGCUUAGACAGCCAACCGCCGCGCCCUCCCUUAGAAGAUACAACUGCCCGCGUAGUCAACGCCCCCAUGGCGCGACCUUCUAAGCUCCACCACUACGAAACCUCCCAACCCAAUCCCCUGAGAGCCCAUCCUAUUAAUAUCUACACGCAACAAGAGCAACCUAGUCCUACCACAGGCUUUACUUCGAAACUUGAGCAACGACGCCAACGUGUCCCCGCUCCUCCAGCUGUCUUAAUUACUCCAGCUGUCCAACCACCGCCGAAAGAUGACCGAAAUGGAACAGAAUUCGAUUCACAAGGCUCACUUUCUAAGCGCCGUAAAACCCACGUUGGGCCAUGGGAGCUCGGCGAGUCGUUGGGUGUCGGUUCAGCAGCCCAUGUUCGCUUGGUCAAGCAUAAGUUUACUAAGCAAUUGGCUGCUGUCAAGAUUCUAUCAAGAGAUGUUCGUCGUAACACCCAGCCGGGGAGCAUAGCGGAGCUUGAUAUAUGGGAUCGGAGUCGCAAGGAGUACGAGACGGAAAAGCGUAUUCCGUUUACUAUCGAGCGCGAGAUUGCUAUCAUGAAGCUGAUUAAUCAUCCAAACAUCGUCAAGCUGUACGACAUUUGGGAGAACCAAGCAGAGAUCUAUCUCGUUAUGGAGUUCGUCGAAUGCGGUGAUUUCUACGGAUACCUCGACGCACAUGGGCGCCUACCCGAACCCGAGGCGAUGUUUUUCCUUCGCCAGCUAGUCAGUGCUCUGGAAUACGUUCAUUCCUUCAACAUCUGUCACCGUGAUCUUAAGCCGGAAAAUAUCCUCAUCACCAAGGACAGACAACUCAAGAUUACCGAUUUCGGCAUGUCGGCAUUACACCAAAGUCCUCGCCAUAUGCUGAAGACAUCAUGCGGAAGUCCGCAUUAUGCUGCCCCCGAACUCGUUCGUGGGGGCGCUUACCGAGGUGACAAGGCCGACAUCUGGAGUCUCGGUGUCAUAUUUUACGCCUCCGUGAUCCAUGCUCUGCCGUUCAAUGACCCUGAUGUGAAUAAACUACUUGUAAUAGUUGAGAAGACAAAGUACGACAUCCCCGACUUUGUCAGCAAGGAACUGAGGGGUUUUAUCACUUGUCUCUUGGAACCGGAUCCGGAGAAGCGCUUGUCUGCUGUCGAGAUAUGGCAACAUCCGCUAGUCAGCAAGUACGAUUACUUGGAUGAUUACAACAAGGGAGGUCGAGCCCGUGAUCAUCGGAACAAUGCCCGCUACGACCCGGUACCCGCCGGUGAGGUAGACGCGCAAACUCUAAGGCAGCUGAAGUCUGUAUUCCAUACGUAUUCCGAACAGCAAUUAGCAUCGUUGCUGACUAACUCUGACGCCAAUGAGUUUAAAAUGUUUUACUGGUUGUUGUACAAUUACAGAGAAGAACGUUUGGAGAACUACGGUACUGAUAUAACGUACUCUGCCAGUGAUUUUCAUCACCUACAACCUCCCAACUGGAGAAAGAAGCAUACCACGGUCGAGUUCACGACCAAGAGUGGACGAUCCCCAUCGCGAUUCACAGUCAUCUCAAACGUCGCCACCGAUGAGGACGGUGUGUCCUUAGAGCGAGCUAAUACGGAAGGAGGCAAUACCGUCAAGAGUUACGAUCCGUAUAGAUCCUCUCUUAACAUGGAUGAUAUCGUUGCUAGUGAAGCGAAGGUUACAGUUCACCGUAAUAAUACUUCCUCUACACGAACUUCACGGAGCACGAGCGUGCGCAGCGGGUCGAUCAGGACGAGCAACUCCACUUACUCGCGACGUAGUAAAGGCAGCAGACAUGCGAAGAAUCCCUCUUCAAGACGUCAUUCACGACAUUCUCUAAAGUCGAUCAAGAGCGGCGAAGAGAUUUCAUAUCAACGACCAGCCCCAGUCCCCAAGCGAGGUAUUGAAUUUCCACAUGUCCAGAAACGAUCGGUUGACCAGGGCCAGACAAGCGGCCGUUCUGCUAGCGUUAUUGGAGACGAUGCUAUCCGUACUCGCCACGUAUCCUGCCCGGAGAGCCCUACGAAAACAGCCAAGUUGUCUAGAGACUCCGGAAGGGGUCGUCCGGGCGUGCAAUCUCUGGCUGACGUGUCCCGAAUUAAUCCCAAUGAUAUAGAUUGGAUGCGGGAUCUGCAUGAUUUUAGCAACAGUAUUGCGAAAGAUUGCGACGAAGCGUUCAAUUCAUCUUAUCUAACCGAAACUCCGCUCGGAUCGCCAGAGUUAGAGUUAGAUGAUCCGAAAUACGCCGCCGCCGGGACCCCAAGUCCGACCACAACUCUGACGAUCCGCGGAGCCGGCAAUGUCAACAUAAGCGUGGAACCUUAUGACCUGCAAUCGCCGGUAGUGGCGUCGUCUCCAAGAAAUUUGGUUACGCAUGACUACGUCGCGUCCCGUGGUAGAGCUGACCGCGCCUAUGGUCGCAUGCCUGGAUCUCCUGCACAAGCAUCUCCAUGCAAUCGGUAUGGCUCAUCCGCAAAAUCAGGAGUAGAGCGCAGAAUAGUCACGGCUCCUAUACACAGCGCGUCUGACAUGUCUUUUUUGCCUUCUAUCAAUGAGACGUCCGGAGAAGUUGGUUACCGUAGAGAAGGAGACAAGGCUCGAGUGGUAUCCGCACCAGAGCCUUCGAUGCUUCACUACUCACCAACAGAUGAAGGCGAGGGACUAGAGUACCUAGCUUCGCAUGGAAAUACCAUACGCGUAGUCUAUUCUCCUCAUCAUGCGAGCAAAACGGGAGGCCCAUCCACUCCCGGUAGCAAGCUGAAGCCUCAGGUUCGGCCGGGAUUGACUCCCCGUCAGCAGUAUGUAUCUGAUGGGAUCAAACCGUCGAUCCCUAGAGAGACAUCUGAGAAGAGUUCUAUUGCUACUUCCAAGAAGAAAUCGUCGUGGUUCAAGCGUGGCUCCAAGGAGAAAGCCGGUAUCUUGGAAAGUUUUAACCAAAGCAACACCGAUUUUGCUCGUACGGACAGUAGUUCAUCUACCGGUGAAGUUGAUUUGCCAAUGAAGAAAAAGAGUUUCGGCUUUGCUUGGUGGCGUGGAAGCAAGGAGCAGCGUCAGCUAAAGCUAUCGCUUGGAGGACCCGACUAUGAUAAUUCUACCCCACAUGAACGUGUGCGCACGUUUAGUAACCUCUCCCAACCUUCGCAUGGUAAGAAAUUGGAUGAUAAGGUUGCGUCCCGCAACAUCGAACCCCAGCAAAGCUGGCUAGCUCGGCUAUUCCGAGUCAAGCCAGCGACGAGAUACCUUUGCUUCUCGCUUUCUCAGCGCCGCACGAGGCAGGAGAUUUCGAUUUUAUUGAAACAAUGGCGCCGUCACGGUAUGAGGGACGUUAUAGUGGAUCGCGAACGUAACCUUAUCUUUGCCCGUGUUGGCAAGAAGAAUCUACUUAAGUUGAAGGAGGCUUCCUUCGCUGCGGAGAUCAUGACAGUCAUUGAGCACGGCAAUCGCAACCCGCUGUGCAUCGUUCGAUUUACCCAGGAACGAGGAGCAGCUACGACCUUCCACAAGGUGGUCAAUACUAUCGAAGAAGUCUUUGGCGAACGUGAAAUGCUGGUCACUGACAAGUAUAAGGCCAAGAUGAUGAUCAAGACGCUCAAUUCGUGAAGUCGCUCUGCUUAUGCUUUCGACUAUUGCCGAAAUAUUAGCAUGCGAGCACACAUUGAUUCCAUUGGCAUCCCUCAUCCUACCUAUCCGUUGCACUUACGAGGGUUUUUAGUGG